AAUGCGCCUGCGUGGUUAUAUUGAAUGUAUAGAGUUCAGAUCCGGAGCACAGGAAAUCGGUUGUAAUACAAACAAUACAAACGAAAUGGUCUAGUCUACAAAGCUGGGAGACAAAACAGUCCAAUUGAAAUUUAGGAGUUGAGAAAAUGGUUUUGUGAAUGAAAUGUCAGCUGGAAUAGAAUAGGCUAAGUUUUUGUUUGCAAACAUGUCGUCUCAUCAUAAGCAAGAAAAAAAGUGUUUUCCGCCCAUUUCGAACCGACAAAAACUAAGCACCUCCAGUAAUGAACAUGAAUUAGAAAAGAGUACCGACUCUUAUCGUAAACCAGAUAGUGGUCCAGAUAAUGAGGAUACAUGUGCGAGUCCGGUAUUCAAACUUCCAACAAUCGAGCGUACUAAAUCCAGGAGUAUUUCGAGUAUAUCAAGUCCCACAAGUACACUUGGAUCUCGUCAGUUCUCAAGAGAUAGUAAACCGAGCCGACGCUCAAUUUGUAGAUCUCCGAGCUGUCCAUCAAACAUUGGAGUAUCUAGAUCCGAUUCUAUAAAUAAGGAUAGAACGGAUUCGUUUAUAGAAAAUAGAAUCUAUAAUCAUUUUCCCCAACGGGAAGACGAAGAAGACAAUGUUAAAUUACCAAGUAUUUUUAGAAACGCUUCUAGUUUACCAAUAUCUCCAAGAAAUUCGAGUUUAUCGAAUAAAUGGAAACCGGACAAAGAAAACGGAUACGUAUAUAGUUUACGGAGAACAGAAUCGUUUCAGGACAGUACUAAAGAAAAUCAAAACCACGAACAACAACAAACUCACGCUUUAUUGUUGCCAAUGCGAAAUGUAGACAAUGUUUCUAGAGCAAAAAAUAAAAAGAAGAAGAAAUUUCAAAAAUCCCAUUCAGAGGGUCAUGAAAAUUCAAUGCCUGAAAAAGAGAGUAGUUUAGGACGAUGGAGUGGUUUUGAAAACGACCAAAAUAAAAUAAAUGGUUCUAAAGAGUGCUUGAUAGAAGGUACUGUAACUGACCGAUCAGUUGAAAUGGUCAGCGCUAGAAAAAUGAAAAAAUGGAUGAAACAACACCCAUCAAAGGAAGGUCAAGUUAAAGCUUAAAUCGUGCUCAUUGUACAUAUAUUACAAGCAACGCAUAAUUCGGGAUGUGUGCAAAUAAGAUUUUACUGUGAUAUCCUUUAUGAUUAUUGUUAAACAGUUAUGAUAGCAUUUAAAAUGAAAUUAAUUUGUUGACGAUUAUAACAAUGUAAAAACUGUUGAUUUCACUGCUAUUCGGAAUGCCUCUUUGUUGCCGAAAAUAUUUGGUGCAGACUGUGUCUUGUUUGACAAUUGGAAUCACUGCAGUGUCAGAUGUUGUCCUUGUGCACAGUAUUAAUUAAUUAAAACAUGUGAUGUUUUUGUACAUAAUUUAUCGUGCAAAUAUAUGCACGGAGUAACACUCCGUUAAUUUAAAA